AUGCCCCGCACAUAUGGCAAGAAGAAGCAGACGCGACUCGCCUUCGCCCCAAUAGGCUCCUCUCCCAUCCAGAAUGAGACCGCCUCGGACGGCGAGAGGGACCGCCGGGCCACCCUCCGCUAUUCGCAUCCUUCCAAACCCACCAUUCUCUCCAGUCGCCCCAGGCCAGACACCGCCUCGCCGUCACCGUUUGUCAAGAAAGUCGAAACGCCAGCGAAAGACAAGAAGUCCGUGGAGCCAUCUCUACAAGUCAUAUCAGACGACAGCGACGGUGAUGAGAUCGUCAGCAGACCUCGCCGAAAGCUAAGGCGGGGCACUGUUUCUCAGCCUGUCGAAGAGGUCGACGACGACGACGACGACGACGACGACGAUGAUUUGCCCACUACGCCUCGGACGCCGCGUCGCGCCAGAGACCAGGAUGACUUGGACAUUGAGGAGGACCUCCAAGCUCUACAAGACUCAGUGGUGAGGGAAACCAGGACCAGAGGCCGUCUCGCAAACUCCGCCAGAGCCCAAAGACAGCAACAUCUGGAAGCUCUGCGUCGUCGCAGAGCAGGCAAGCCUGAAUCGGACGAGGAAGAAUCUCAGGUUGAUGCAGGAGAGAGCGGGGAGGAAGACGAACGCGAAGCCGAGGAGAACGAGAGCGCAGCGGAAAGGGAACAAGCCGCGGCCGCCAUCAAGCACCGAUCGCUUAGCAGAAACGACGACAGCGAUGUCGAAUCAUCCAUUGCCGGCAAUGACGACUUGGACCGCUACGAGGAUGACUUCGUCCUGCAGGACGAAGACGAUCUACUGGGUGCGCCCGGCGGCCUCGAAGAAAUGCCCUUCGAGUUCACCCGCCACGCCUACAAGCAACUCAAAGAUUACUUCCAGGACGCGGUGGAAUGGAUGGUGCACAACCAGCUGAACCCAGCCUUUCCGCGCUCGAGUCCAGUCUACGAACUGGCUUUCAGCAAACUCGAGGACGAAGUCAAGGGCCGCACGGGAUCGCAGCUGGUCUCGUCAGUCUGGACGGCCGAGUUCCGCCGCGCACUGCUGGCACGACCACAUAUGGAAGUGACUUCCUAUCCGACCUUCGAUAACCACCCGUGCGACGCGUGCAAGCGCUCUGGCCACCCGGCGUCCUUUGACAUCAAGCUCUACGGCCAAGCCUACGCUUUGGAUACGCUGGAACCUCUCGAGGAUGAGAACAGUGAUGAUGAUGACGAUGAGGAGGAGGAGGAGGAGCAAUCCGACAACGAACCAAGCGACAGCCGCGAAAGAGACCGCGACGGAAACAUCUUGCCUGACGAGAAUACGCGCUUCUACCUCGGACGACACUGCAAAACCAAAGCGAAUCUGGCCCACACCCUCACCCACUGGCGCUUUCGCCUCAACGAGUGGGUGACCGACCACCUGCGCCUCAAGGGCUACCUGUCCGAUACGCGCAUCCUCGAGCGCAGCCACUGGAGCCACCGCAAACAAACCAAGUAUGCCAUCAAGGCGGUGGAGAAGAUGGUCCAGGAGGGCGAGGUCAAGAAACUCUGGCGGGAUUUCCACAUCGAUCUGCGGACCGCCCGCGAAACCAGUGUAUGUGCAGCCCAGCAACCCUUGAAAACUCCCAUUAAGUCUGGAGACUCUUGCUAA